AGACCUUUGAGCAGCACUCCGUAGAAAUCACUUACAAUUGUGUGCUAGAACCCGAGCGAGAGAGAGAGAUAAACAAGAAACCAAAUGUUUUUCAGAAAACAAUACAAACUAAACAAACAAACAAACGAAACACACACACACAUAAAAGACGUUUUGCUAAUGGUACUGCCAAGAAACACAAUCGGUUUGGUCGUUUGGACGACACUCGCUCACUUACAACGCACUCAAGUAAGAACCGUGGUGACCGCGCUUAGGACAGGGUAUUAAUUGAGACACAUUUUUUAAGGGCUUAGUAGUGUGUGUGUGUGUGUCGCACGGUGGGCUUUUGUGACGGGGGUGACCCGCGACGAACAAACAGGAACAAGAAUGUCCAGCAACCGAGAGUAAGAUGUGUUCCGACAGGCGGCCCCCGUUGUGGCGGGCGGGUUUAAGAAUUCCUAACUUACUACCAGUGUCGUGUUCUUCCGGCGAGGCGAUCGUGUACUACGCACUGCGCACUGCGGGAGUUGGCCGUUGGGCCACUUCUUCUGUUACGCACGCUUUCGACCGGGGUUUUUGUUGGUUUUUUCGCGAUGGUAGACGUAGAUGGUGAUGGUGGCGCGACGCGUUCCGGGUCCUCGGGUGGCUAUAUCGUCCACUUUUCGUCCCAGCAAAAGGGGCACGCAGUGUAACUGAUGGAAUUGUCUGUCGAAUCGUACCGAAGCAACGGAGAGCGAGAGCGAGACCGAGAGGAUAGUGUUUUGUGUUCCGAGUGUGGACAUUUUUUGUUGGCAAACAAUUGGUUUUUCUACAAAUCCGACCAACCUCACGCUGUUACAACACGCUCCGAUAUGUCCGUCACCGAUUCCGUCACAAGGCGGGGAGGAUCAUGCUUCGUAAUCUGGCUUCGAAUUUGCGUAAUGGCGGUUUGCUUCCCAUUUUUUGCGCUUUUCCAGAACGGCGGCGUGAUACGUCUUUACGCGGUCCUUCGAGAUCUGAUACUCUCCCGGACUGUUUCUGGGAUCGGACCAAGUCGUUGCCGAGAGGAGAUACAGAGGAAUUGUUAAACAAUCCAAUCGCUUCGAACCGACGUGACGGUGCCAGAGUUUGGGAAAGGACUGAAAUCCGUCGGCAGAAGUCAUCGGUGAUGCAGCUACAGCCGUAGGGGGACAGUAGGGGAGAUGACGACGACGCACUGGAACGGAGAGAGUGACUGUUAAGUAAAGCUAAUUUAAAUAAAUUAAUUUCCACAAACGAGGAGAGGAUGUGUUGGUCGGACUCAGAGGAAAAGCAAACCAAACCAAUAGUUUCAAUAAAAAAAAAACACGAAUGUGAGGUGGCAUGACGCGCAUGAUUCUACAUGAUAGGCUGCCGUAGUACAGGCCGCACUUAGUGGAGCGCCAUAGGCUGGCGGAUGGAUUCGGCGAGCUGGCUUCGGAAGGGCGAGGGAACCGGUAUACAAAAUAAAAAAGAUUAGAGCAAAUGCGAGCAAAGAUGUACUAAAGAAAUUGAGAACCGACGAGAUCAAAGGGGGGCGAAAAAAAAGGAUGACUUUCGUGGACGUCGAUGUCGCGCGUUGGGCCUAGGGAAUACGUAUGAAUGGAAGAGAGCGCAAGCGAACGUGUGUGGCUGGGUGUGUGGCGCGAAGAACAUUAACCUGUACAUAUUAACUGAUUAGUGCUAAUGGCAAAAAUAAUGAUAAUAUUAAUAUUAAUAAUAAUAAUAAUAUAUCAAUAACUAAAGUAAUAAUAUUAUUAAUAAUAACGACCCCGCAAUGGCGGCAACUGAUAUGGCGGAGAGAAGAAAAUGUGAAGCGCCAAGCGACGAAACGCGGCUGCAGCGUGCCGCGCGCGGUGUGUAGGGUUAGCAGAGGACUCCGCAGAAUAAAACAAUACGUUUAAGUAAGAAAAACGGGACAGAAAACUAACACAAAAAAAGGGCGUGGACAGUAAGUGAAAAGUAAUAGAUCAAUAACUAAAGAAAUAUAAAUUAAUUAAAUUAAUGAAACUAAAAACAAAAACUGUGUACGCAAACAAAGCGCGCGCGCGUGCGUGCGUAGAGAAAAGAAAUGGGGAAAAGGUGAAAGAGGCAAAAAGACGAAGAAAAAAAGGGUUCAAAACAUUGAAAAAACAAAUCGGCGCGACGCAAAGAGUGAAAACAAAAAGAACGAGAGAAAAAAAACCACAAAAACAAUCGGUAUGCUAAUGCCAGGUAAAAACGAAGACUAGACACAAAUGAAACAUUGAGAGAGGGAAAAAGAAACACACACACACACACAUUGUAGAUCAAACCAACGCAACUGAUAAUAGUGAAAUGGUAAGCGUAGCGAGUAACUCUCUUAGCGUGAAGUUCGAUAACGGGGCGCGACGAUGCCGCGGUGCCGGCUGGCCCCGGACGGUGUGAAAAUGUGUUUAGCUAUGGUAAAUCUAGCGCUUUACUGUACCCGUGUAAUAAGAAGCAGCAAAAAUACCACACCUACAAUACAAUAUAGAUGAUGAAGUAAAGACACAAACAGAGAAACAGGAAAACACAAUUCCACCUUUCCAUUUUGGGAACCUCAGAUUGGGUGUGGGCCAGUGUGGGCGAAAUGGUACUGUGUGUGUGUGUGUCUUUGAUGGUGUUG